GACUCAUAAUAUUGUUGUUUCCUUAAAAGUUAACUACGUAUUGUAUAAAUAAGAAAUAACGGUUAAUUAAGUUUAUUCAUAAUAUUACUUCUUCAUUCAUACUUUCAAAUCUAAUUCUUGCUUAAGACAAGUAUGGUGGAAGAAGACGAAUAUGCUUGUGUAAAUCGAGCUCAACUGAAGAUCAAAGAUAAUUCUGGAAUAAAGAAGAAGAAGAAAAAGAAAGCUAACAAAGAAUCCCAAAAAGCUAUUGAAAACGAAGUCAAAGAACAAAUAAAAUUACAAAAAGUUAAUGUACCAACAAAAACUAAAGCAGAAUUAGCAUUUCAGAAAAUGCAAGAAAAAAUGCAAAAACAAAGGAUCCUUCAAAAGGCUGAGAUGACACACAAACAGCGGGUUGAAAAGUUCAAUCAACAUCUGGACAGCCUUACAGAACACUUUGAUAUACCCAAAGUAUCUUGGACCAAAUAAAUAUAACCUGUAUGAAGGAAUUUCAAUAGGACUAAUUUCAAAUCUUAUUUAGUAAUUUCAAUUUUAAAUUAAGUUCAUCACUGUGCAAGCAUAAAGUGUAUUCAUUAAUAUAAAUUUUUUCUAUCAUUUUGCACCUGUUACAUCAUUCAGAAAAGCUUAUCAUAAAGAUCUUAUGUUCAUUUGGUUUGUAAUAAAUAAAAAAACAAA